CUCUAUAAGCAAUGCACUGUUGCCAAAGCAUAAUUACGAUAAUAAUAUUAAAACUACAAUAAUGUAUGAAGAUAUACUCAGGUGGGGCUUAUCGCACCCAUCAAAGCCAUCCAAAGAAGAUGCAGGUCUUAAUGGACAGAUUGGGUUACACACACCUGCAAGUGAUACAGGGUCAUAACUAUCUUGGUCUUCAUGAAUUAUUACAGAGCUAUUAGGUUUCAGUGAGCAUGUCCAUUCAGUCUGACUGCAAGCAGGUUAAACAGUGUGGACCAACAGAGCCAGGAUGGACAUCUCUGUUCUGCCCAACAGCAACCACCCAGAGAAGUUCCUCCAGCUUGAUGUAAGGAUACUGCCAGCCACACAUGGAAUGUUCCAUGUUGGCUCAGCUAUGUCCAGUCAAAGACACUGGCAGAACAGGGUCUACUCCCAGAGAGAGCAGAGGAUAAAGAGUGAAAAGAGGUCUCUUCCCUUCCCAGAGGGUGUGGUGUUUGUGGACAGAUACCUGGAGAAGCACAUCACACCAUUCACUCUGAAGUCCAACAUUAAAAGGAAUCCUCUGUAUACAGAUUUAAGAUCGAUGGACAGAGUGGAUAAGGAGAAGUCCAAGCCCUCUUGGACUGUCAGGGAGUAUUGCACUCAAACUAUCCACGGCAACCUCACCAGCUAUUUAAAGGAGGAAGAGAAGACUGCUAAAGAUAUGGACUUUUGGCUCGAAGAUCUCUACACACCAGGAUUUGACUCUUUACUGAAGAAGAAAGAAGCAGAACAUAAAAGAAAAAAAAAUUGUAAAAUAUUUUUUUCAAUAAUUUUGUCUCUGUGUGCGAUACUUAUUGUUAUUAUAGUGCCAGUUGUGGUCUUACAGAAGAAAAACUGAUGAGUAUAUGGAUCAAUGUGUUGGAAAUACUUAACUGACUUUUUUCUGACCUCCAGUUGUUUCACAAUGCUGAAGUGAUGUACACGGUACACUGAGACAUUACUCUUUGGGUAGAGGAAGAAGAGAGCACAUAUCUGACAUGACUGGACCCGAUCCUACAGUGAUUUUGUGGAAUCAAUGAUUUUAAAAACACGAGGCUAUUUAAGGACAAAGCGGUUUGUUUGGUGUUUCUAAUAAAGUGCCUCUUG